AUGCCUCCAGUGCCUGGACGACCGGAGCACCAUCGCCUCGUUUGUUACCAUCAGACCCUGUGUCCGAACCGAGGCGAGUAUGUCUCUGUGCUGCCUCUAGUGAAGAACAACACCGGCGUUACCCACGUCAUCAUCGCAGCUUUUCAUCUGAACGACGACCCGGGCCAUAUCACGCUCAACGAUGAUCCACCUGACCAUGAGAUGUACAACCCGCUGUGGGCGGAGGUGCCCGCGUUGAAACGCAGCGGUGUCAAGGUGAUGGGAAUGCUCGGUGGGGCAGCGCAGGGGUCUUAUAGGUGUCUGGAUGGCGACCAGGAGAAGUUCGAGCGAUACUACCAGCCUCUUCUAGCGAUGGUUCGGCGCCAUCAGCUGGACGGGCUGGAUUUAGAUGUGGAAGAGGAAAUGUCUCUGUCCGGCAUCAUUCGGCUGAUCGACCGAUUGAAGCUGGACUUGGGCGAUGAUUUUAUCAUCACCCUGGCGCCAGUCGCGGCGGCUCUCUUGGGAAUUGGUAACAUUUCUGGGUUCGAUUAUCGGCUGCUCGAGCAGCAACGAGCGUCCAAGAUCAGCUGGUACAAUGCGCAGUUCUACAACGGCUGGGGUCUGGCCGAGGACCCCCGGAUGUAUGCGGCCAUUGUGGCGCAAGGAUGGUCACCUCAACGCGUUGUCUACGGGCUGCUGACGAACCCAGGGAACGGGUCGCAAGGCUACGUCCCACGCGAAAAGAUUGGGCCCAUUCUUGCAGUGUUGGUUGAGCAGUUUCCGGACUUUGGAGGGGUCAUGGGCUGGGAAUACUUCAAUUCCAUGCCUGGUGAGCGGCAGAAUCCAUGGCAAUGGGCGGCAGAGAUGUCGCUUAGUAUGCACAUGAAGGAUGUGCUAGCUGUUGCUGGGCAGAUGCUCAGCGCUGGACCUAUGACCAGCAGUUUGAUGAAUGUUCUUCGAGAUAUGAUGAAUCAACGAUAG